AUGUCUAUGCUCGCUAUCUGACUUUCGUCAUUUGCACGCAAGGUCCUUUCUUCAAGUUCAAAAUAAAGUCGCCAUCUGUACUGUAGAAGAAAACGAUUUCUACAUUCCAAUAUUGUAUUGUUGACACCUACUUAUUUACAAGUUCAAUGGCCAGCAACUGAUUAUACUCGAAAAAAUUAAACAAGAUGUUCAACAACAAUAAUGGUAAUCCGUUUGCUGGUUUAUUUUCAACCAAUAGCCCCGAGAAGCCAUUUUCUUUACGAAAAAGUGAGUCGAUUAUCCAGCAGCCUGUUGGUAAAAAUGAAGAACAAAAUAUUAGUGAGGACAUUCUAACGGAGCACAAUUUCGCUUCUGAUUACAACCACAAUGAGGCAGAACUUGAUGAAAUGAUAGCUGAUGUCUUUGGAAUUAUCUUGCAUCGUAGCAAAACUACAAAAUUUUCCCAACAAUUAAUCUUCAUUGAUGAAAAAUGUUUGGAACCUGCCAUUUUUGAAAGGCUUUUAUUGACUAAACCAGAGUCCUUGUUAAUGUGUAAUAAGAGUUUUGAAGUCCAAGAUUUGGAUGAUCACGUCAUUGAAACCAAAAUUUUACCAUAUUUAUUUGAAAGUUAUUGUCGAUUACAAAGGUAUAGACUAAAUCAUGGUUUACUUGAAUCAGUGGAGAACGUUCGGAAAAUUAUUCUGCGUAAUGUAGGUACUGGCCUAGAAGAUCCAGAAAUUUUCAAAGAACAAGAGAUUCAUAAACAGCUCAUAGAAUUAUUUCAAAAUCGGGAAGUUGACUGUGAUAAAUUAUCAUUUUUUGUACAUGAGGUUGUGGAAGUCUUAUGUUCUGAGAAUGAAGGCUUUGACACAGAUGUUAUCCGGGAAGCGUUUUGUCCAAUUCUUGAUAUAAUUCACAAAGAAGCAUUAGAAAGUCAGCUUCUAAUUUUGCAGCCAUAUUGGUUUUUUGUGCUGCAAACCUUUGCUAAAUCUAUCCCCUUAGCUAAGCUGCUUAUAAGUCAUAGCAGUGUUUUUGAGGGUAGCGGUCAAGCUUAUGCUAACACAUUAUUAGGAAAUUUGUUGAGUAUCAGUUGCCUUCCCAAACUAGACAAUCAAUCAUUUCCUGUGUUUGUCAAACCGUUUCAACAGCAAAAUAAUGCAAUGGAUGGAAAUAUAUGGUCAGCAUUAAAUAUAUUAAAUGAUUCUUUGUAUAAAGUUUUCCGUGCUCUUCUCAAAUAUUCACGAGAAGUACGGCACUUGACUCUUCAAUGGAUAGCUAAUUGCUUACAUGCAAAUGAAAGUCGGGGAAAAUUAUGGAACAUUCAUAAUAAUGUUGACUCAACCAGUAUUUUGACGGUAUCAGAUGGAUUCAUGCUAAAUUUAGGAACUGUUUUGCUAAAGCUAUGUCAGCCAUUCUGUGAAAAUUUACAACCUGAUGACACCAGAAUAUUGAAAGUUGAUCCUACGUAUAGUGCUGCAACGGUGAACAGUGAACAGGACGGUCGUGAAAGAGGAUUGCACAUGCAAGGUAUGCAGGUUAAAACUUGUUUGAUUCCGACGCCAGAAGGAGAAACUCGCCCAGUGGCGACGACGUUCAGCUUCAUCACAGAGUGUUUUCACUUGACUCACUGUGUUCUUGACCUUGGAUAUCGCAUUAUUUUGGAUAAAAUGCUCAAGAUUAGUCAAGAUUUAGCAAGGAUUCAAAGGAUGUAUAGAGAAUCUCGACACAAUGAAACCACAGAAAUAAACGAAUUUAUUUCUCAAAGAUUAGAAAUAGAAAUGACAAAGUAUUUGUCAUACAGAGCAUGUUUGUUGAAUCCGGAGCUACUUACGUUGUUGGCUAAUUUUCAUGCAGCUAAUACUUACUGGAUAAUACAAGUAAACAUGGAUAUAAGAUCACUAGACAAUAAUCUGGAUUGUUAUGCUCCUACUGAAUUCAGACCGGUAAUAUUCCCUUGUACAAAAAUCGUUCCUAAAACAUUAAGAUGCAUUCCUGAAUUUAUAAUUGAAAACUCUAUCAGUUUCAUAAUUUUUCUUAAACGAUGGUGUCCUAAUGUUUUUGAAGAACAUGGUCUAAAAUUUCUUAAUCCUAUCUUAACAAUGGUAGCAGCUUUAAUGAAAUCUCCAUCCCGACUUUAUAAUCCGCAUCUACGAGCUCGUUUGGCAGAAGGGCUUGAGGCUCUUUUACCAAAUAAUGAGGUUGUGGAUCAGCAAUCUGUUCAAUCUCUUGGGACAUUCCACAGACAACAACUGUUUUUAACCCAUUCGCAUAAAGAAAUAAUUGUACCAAAUUUAUUAAAUAUCUUUGUAAGUAUUGAAAUGACAGGUCAAAGUGUUCAGUUUGAACAAAAAUUUAAUUAUCGUCGGCCAAUGUAUAUAGUGAUGGAAUAUUUGUGGAAAAUACCAGAACAUCGAAACAAUUUUAAAAAAUUGGCUAAAGAAGCAGAGGUUAAUAUGGAAGCUAUGAAGCCACCUCUUUUUCUAAGGUUUAUUAAUCUUUUGAUGAAUGAUGCAGUAUUUUUGCUUGAUGAUGCUCUUUCAAACAUGGUGCAAUUAAAACAAUUAAUAUCUGUAAGAAAUUCGGAUGAUUGGAAAAAGUUUUCUCCCCAAGAAAGGCAGCAACAGUCUCUUCAACUUGAACAUAUUGGCAUGAUAGCAAAGUUUGAUAAUAUUUUAGGCAGAAAAACAAUGGAGACUUUGAAGAUCCUGACAACAGAAAUAAAAUCAAUUUUUUGCCAUCAAACGAUGGUAGAUAGAAUAGCAUCAAUGUUAAAUUAUCUACUCUUACAAUUAGUUGGUCCAAAUAAAAAAAAUUUAAAGGUCAAGGAUCAAGAUGAAUAUGAAUUUAAACCAGCAGAAUUAGUUUUGAAUAUAUGUGAAAUAUAUAUUCAUUUGAGUAAGAAUGAUUGUUUUGCGCUUGCUGUAUCACAAGAUGGAAGGUCCUACAGCUCAGCAUUGUUCAAUAUAACUAGCGAUGUUUUAGUUCGAAUUGGAGGAGGCAGUAUUUUAGCUGAUCUUAAACUGUUUGCCAAAAGAGUUGAGAACGCUGCUUUACAAAAAAAAGAAGAGGAAGAGAGUCUAAAUGAUGCUCCAGAUGAAUUCUUGGAUCCUAUUAUGUCAACUUUAAUGCUUGAUCCAGUAAUUUUACCGUCAUCGAAGACUGUUGUUGAUCGUCGUACUAUAGCAAGACAUUUACUUAGUGAUCAGACUGAUCCAUUCAAUCGAUCUCCUUUGACCAUGGAUAUGGUCAGAUCAGAUGAAGAUCUUAAAAAAAGGAUAAAGGAGUGGAUAGAUCACAAAAAAAAGUAAUGUAGAGCUCUUAUACGUAAUUUUUAGCAUCAUGUAAUAUUCCUCAUAAUCAAGGACAUGAAAGUGAUCAUCGUUUUAAUAAGCUGUAUUGAUUUUUACAAAAUAAACAAAAAACUUGUCCAAUAAUAA